CCUCGUGAUAUUCUAUCUUUACAAGUCAUUCUAUUUCAAACGAAAUUUCAUUCCAAAGGUCUUUUUGAUAGUGAGUUAAUCUUGGGUUCUAUAUAUACAGUGUUAUCUGAAGGGAAAAAAACUAGAGUACACUUAUAUAAAGAUCACUUGAAUAGGAAGUUACGUAAUUCUGUGGUAUUUAAGCAUGUGGGGGAAAAAUUUUAUUUCUCAAUGAAAAGUGAAAGUCAGUCUACUUUAUUUGCUAGUUAAAGAAAAUUAUAAAUUCACCAUAUUUUUUAUCCAAAUUAAAUAGCUUUUAUUUCGAAGCAGCGAACGAGAUCCCCUAUAUAUCAGCGGCAAAAGACGAUCAAGCUGAAAAUGCCGAGCAACGGUCACAGUGAAAUUGCAAGAAAUUUUAGCCAUGUUCUAGUGACCGGAGGUGCCGGAUACAUUGGAUCUGUACUUGUUCCUCUUCUGCUGAGAGAAGGUUUGGAAGUUACAGUGUACGAUAAGUUCCGUUUUGGAAUUUCUCCACUUUUAUCUCAUAUACAAGAUGAGAAUCUACAUCUCAUCAAUGGCGACAUCUUGGACCAAGAGAAGUUGCUCGGUGUGAUGAAGAAUGUGGAUGCUGUUGUCCAUCUGGCUGCAAUUGUCGGAUAUCCGGCUUGCGACCAAGACCAGGAACUCGCCAUCAGAGUCAACGAAGACGGCACCCGCAGCGUUGUCUCAUGUCUCAGUCCACAUCAGAAAAUAGUGUAUUCUUCCACCGGUUCUUGUUAUGGCGCUAUUGAAGGGAUUUGUUACGAAGACACUCCGAUUUCUCCGCUGACACUGUACGGCAGAACGAAAGCUGUGGCGGAGAAAACUGUUCUGGACAGCGGAGGGGUGUCAUUGCGGCUGGCAACCCUCUUUGGUGUGUCUCCUCGCAUGAGGUUGGACUUGCUUAUAAAUGACCUCACAAUGAAAGCAUUGACGCAGCGGAGUUUCAGCCUCUACCAAGGAUCUUUCAGGAGGACAUUUCUGCAUGUUAGAGAUGCAGCCAGAGCGUUUCUCUUUGCAUUGGACAAUUAUGACAUAAUGAAAGGUCAUGCCUUCAACGUUGGCGACGAGACGAUGAAUAUGACUAAAGAGCAAGUCGCAAAGAGAAUACAAUCUUAUAUUCCUAGUUGCCAUAUCACCAUGGGCUAUGGAGAAGACAAAGACCAAAGAGACUAUGAUGUAUCUUACAGCAAAAUUCGAAAACUUGGCUUCCGAUCAACUAUUCCAUUGGAUGUGGGCCUUGAAGAACUAGUAGCCAUUUUACCUCAUAUGUCAAAUGAAGAGAUUGCUCUCAGCAAAAAUGUUUAGCACGUUCCAAAGAUUUGUCCCGGCGACUUGUUUUGACAUUACGACUUCUGUUGUUAAAAUCAGACAUAUAAAAAAAAAAAAAAAAAAAAAAAACUUUUUCUAACUCUAAAGAUUAAAGCCAAGUACAUUGAAAGUGUAAAUAAAUAUACAAAUCAGCUAUGAUAAGACAUUUGGUUAGAAGUAGUGCUUAAGAAUCUGAAGUCGAAUCAUUAGCUAUUAAGAUUGUUUUUAUUAUGCAACAUAUAUAUCUUCUUAGACUUUUUUCAUUGUUUUUAGAAUAUUGUUAGUGGUCAUACCAUUUCUGUACGAAUAUGAGACUUGUUUUUAAUCUUUUUAUA